AUGGCUUCGAAUCUGUCCACUCGAGCGGUAAGGACCGCGUGUUCUGCGUCCAAGGUUGCUCCUCGCUCCCUUGCAACGGUUGUUUCCUGCCGCACCUUUGCGACGGGGCCCGAACCAUCAACCACCGAGACUGAGCAGCCUCGAUGGUCUUAUACGCCGCCGCGCGCAAAGGCACCUUUCAGUCUCCGGCUACACUCGAAGCGUCCCUUCUUCCAUGUGAACUCCGACCCCGCGUUGUUGGACCAAUUUUAUAUUCGUAUGCUGGGCAACAAUGGCGACAAGAUGUUGUCCGACGAACUGAAGUGGCUGGCUGUGACGCACAAGAGCUUCGACCAAGGACGUCGGGGCUUCAAUGAUCGUUUGGCUUUCCUCGGCAAACGGAUUGUUCAAUUGCAGGCUUCACUGGCUCUGGUCCAGAGCUCGGAGGCUGCCAACACGCCCGCGAAAGCCGAUCCCCACGGCCGAACACCUUUCUCUCACCCAGCUCUUGAUGGCCUUCGAAGCCUCUCCCCGGAGACCAAGAGCUUCUGGACUGACCGAACAAAGCUUUCUGAGCUGGCUCAAAAAUACGAAAUGCAAAACGUUCUGCGCUGGACUCCUCGCAAGCCCGACGAUCUCAAGGCAUCUGGUCUCGAACUUGUCCUGGCGCACACCAUGUACGCCGUUGUUGGAGCAGUCUCACUGGAGAAGGGUGGACACAUUGCCAACAAGGUGGCCCAAGAACGGAUACUCGAGCCACUCGGAGUGAAGACCGUCUCUUGA